UUGCUACUCUUCUGCGCCGAAGAAACGGCGGUUCGUUGUGUUUGUUGUUGUGGUUUUUCUGGCGUUCCAAUAUGUCGAUUGAAACUCUCCAACCUGCUGAAACUAACAAUAAACCUGCACAAGAAACUCGUGAGCCGAAAAAGGAAGAUGAUAAAAGUGGAGACGAAUACGAGAGGAAAGAUCAAGAUCCUCCACUGGAAAUCGGUGAACACUAUCUGGUGAAACGAGGAGAAGACUCUUGGCACCCGGCUGAAAUCAUUCAGAGGAGGUACAACAAAGCUCUCGGUCUGUAUGAAUACUAUGUUCACUAUGAAGGGUUCAACAGAAGACUUGACGAAUGGGUAUCUAAAGAAAAGAUUCUCAGCACGCAAGUCAACAUCAAUGAAACUCACUUUAGCAAAGGUGAGAAAGUCAGUUCACUUGAUCUCUUGUUGGAGCAGUCAGACAGAAAAAUCACCCGAAAUCAGAAACGGAAACAUGACGAAAUCAACCAUGUCCAAAAAACAUAUGCAGAGAUGGAUCCAACCACCGCUGCCCUAGAGAAGGAACACGAAGCCAUCACCAAAGUCAAGUACAUCGACAAAAUCCAAAUGGGGAAAUAUGAAAUGGACACUUGGUACUUCAGCCCUUACCCUGAAGAGUAUGGAAAAGUGUCAAAGUUAUGGAUCUGUGAGUACUGCCUCAAGUACAUGCGGAUGGAAAAAACGUACCGACACCACAUAUGCGAGUGCUCGUUGCGGCAACCUCCAGGCAAAGAAAUCUACCGAAAAGGCACGCUUUCCAUCUACGAAGCCGACGGGAAAGAGCACAAAAUCUACGCUCAGAAUCUUUGUCUCAUUGCCAAACUUUUCCUUGACCACAAAACCUUGUACUUUGACGUGGAACCUUUCCUUUUCUACAUCCUGUGCGAGAUAGACAAGGCUGGCGCUCAUGUUGUCGGUUAUUUCUCUAAGGAAAAAGAAUCUCCAGACGGGAAUAACGUGGCGUGCAUUCUAACCUUACCACCGUUUCAGAGGAAAGGCUACGGGAAACUGCUGAUUGCUUUCAGCUACGAGCUUUCCAAAUUGGAACACACGGUCGGCAGUCCUGAGAAACCCCUUUCGGAUUUGGGCAAACUCAGUUACCGCUCCUAUUGGUCUUGGGUCCUUUUAGAAAUCUUGCGGGACUUUAGAGGGUCGCUCUCCAUUCGUGAUCUGAGCCACAUGACGAGCAUCACACAGAGCGACAUAGUCUCCACUUUGCAGACGAUGAACAUGGUCAAGUACUGGAAAGGCCAGCACGUCAUUUGUGUGACACCCAAGCUGGUCGAGGAGCACAUCAAAUCGGCUCAGUUCAAGAAACCGCGACUUACAGUUGACGUUUCCGCCAUCAGGUGGUCACCGGCCCACCGGAAAACCUUCCCGAAAACCAACAAGAAGUAGCGAACUUAACAUCUUCAUUUAUUCUUCCCACCUAUACAUUAUUAUAUCUUUGCCUUGAUGAAAUUUCUUUAUCUCGCUCUACAUCAUCAUUAUCACCCCCUUGUAUCGUUAUACUGAGUUGCGAACAAUGCUGGAAUAACCGUAAAUAUUUUCGUUUUGGGUUUAAUCUGUUAUAAAAACAAAUUCUCGUUUA